ACUCGCGUCUCGCCGUUCGCCGCUAACGCAUCUUGACAUUGUGCUCCAGCGACGAGUGCUCUCAACAUCAGAGGAUUAAUCACUUGGACGAAAAGAUAACAGGAUGACGGAAAUGAUUCUCCAAGAUCGGAUAGUGGUGGACCAGUUGUACCAACACAGCAACUGCACGUCUCUCCACACAGAAUACAAAAAAGCUAUAGGGGAAAUAAAUUACCAGAAAUUAUGCCCGGCUGAAUUUGACGGCGUUUCGUGUUGGCCACCGAGCUUUCCGGGGACAAACGCCACCCGUCCUUGUCCUGCGAGCUUUAAGCAAGUCAGCGUUUCGCGGUUUUGCAAAGCUGACGGCGCGUGGGAGCCCCUGAAUAAUGGGACCUACAAUCCUUGUGGCCUCCUCCAAGAUCACGUGGCGGCGCUGCGGCGAGUGUACGGUUACCUAAGGGCGCCGGGGGCCAAGGUGCCUGCCAAGUGGUAUCUCCAUCAACGACACGCUGAAUGUCUCGACAAAAUAAACGAGGCACAACCGCCAGCCAUCGCACAAAAAGACGGAAUCAACGUUUGUCCUAUGACGUUCGACGGAUGGUCUUGUUGGGACUUCACCCUCCCCGGGGACACGGCCUUCGCCUCCUGCCCUAAGUACAUGACCGGAUUUGAUCCCACAAGAUUCGCGUUUCGCAAGUGCACCGAGAACGGAACUUGGUUCAAACACCCGGAGACCGGAAAUUCCUGGUCUAAUUACACAACUUGCGUAGAUGUUGAGGAUCUCCAGUUCAGACAACUGGUAAACACGCUCUACAUUUCGGGCUACUCGCUGUCGUUCGUAGCGCUGGUGCUGUCGCUGCUGCUUUUCACUUGCUUCAAAAAUGUCGCUGGCAGGGCGCUCAAGUGCACGCGCAUCGCCAUCCACGUGCAACUCUUUGCCUCCUUCGCCCUCAACAAUCUGAUGUGGAUCAUCUGGUAUUACUUUGUCGUCGGCGACCUCGACACUGUCGAGAAAAACAACACGUGGUGUCAAGUUCUGCACGUCAUCCUGCAAUAUUUGAUGGUAUCCAACUAUGCGUGGAUGUUCUGCGAAGGGAUGCACUUGCACCUUGCCCUGGUGGUCGUUUUCGUCAAGGACGACGUGGUCAUGCGCUGGUUUUACGCGGUCGGCUGGAUUUUGCCCGCCCUGCUGGCCUCCGUUUACGCCCUGGUUAGGUCAUACGUGGUGCAAGAAACGGAAAGGUGCUGGAUGGAGGACAGUCACAGUACGUGGCUGCUGACGGCGCCCGUCCUGUUGUCAAUGUUGGCCAACCUGUUCUUCCUGAUCAACGUGGUGCGCGUGCUGCUGACCAAACUGCACCCCCGCUCGUCCAACCCCGCGCCCAGGGGCAUGCGCAAGGCGGUCAGGGCCACCCUGAUCCUGAUGCCGCUCUUCGGCAUCCACCACAUUCUCAUUCCGUUCCGACCUGAGCCCAGGGCGCCUGGCGAGAGUCUUUACCAGAUUUUCAGCGCUUUCGUCGUAUCUUUGCAGGGUUUUUGCGUGGCCUGUUUGUUCUGCUUUGCAAACGUGGACGUUCACGGCGCCAUCAGGGCGUGGGUGCGCCACCUUCGGCGACUCAGGGCCAACCCUUACGCGCCCUCGACCGGUCCGACGAACACCGCGACCAGGGAGGCGUGCGUCGGUCUUUGAUUGUCCGCUCCACGCGCGGCCUCCCUGCGCCACGCACCCUUCGUCGACCCUGGCGUCAGGGUGGCGCAGAUCAUCGCUUCCUCGAAGGUUUAAAACAAAAAAAUACACGCUCAUAUCGUUUAUAAAUACAUCUAGGUGCGCUCAACAAAUACGAAAAAAAUGAAAACUGAAUAAUUAUAAUUUGCGUUUUUGAUUCUCGGUUUAUUAUUAAUUUCCAGUGAUCAUCAUUCCUGCCAUAUUCUUUAUAAUUAAUUUUUAAUCGCUUCCUUCACGUGAGCGAAUAUCUGUUGUGAUCAAAAUGUAUAAUUAUUAAGAACAAAAUAAUAUUUUAUUUUAAUUGCGCAACACGGGGAAUUUUAAUACGCUUAUGCAAAAUGGAAAAAAUUAUAAUAUAAUAUUAUAUACUGUUGUGGUAUAUGUGCAAGUGUUUUCGGAAAAGUAUUAUUAUACGAAAUUUGUGCAUUUAUCUACACCUGCAUUUUUGUCUGCGUCUCUAUUUAUGUAAUUAUUGUACCGAUCGACAAAUAAAUUAAAGAAAAUUAGCUGCUUUUAACUCACUGAAACAGGUAAAAUUUUAUACAAUAAAAUUGUCCACAUUUUUAAGCUUCGUCUUAAAAA